AGCUUAUCGUAAGCCCUCACACAGUAGAUCAGAAAAGCCCUUUCUAACCCUCACCUCUCUCUCUCUCUCAGGCUUUCUCACCCAAAACGGCCAUCUUCAUCGGCGAGUUGCCCCGUCGAAGAAGCGCAUCAAAAGCCCUUAUCCCAUUUCUCUUCAUUAACAACCAUCUCAGUUCGAAAUCCGCAAACACUCCAAACCCUAUAUCUUCAAAACCCAGAAAACAAACCCUAAUUGUUUCAAUUGAAUCGUCAGAGGUAAUCUUCUUCUUUGAGCAAUGAGCGUUAAUUUUGACAUUGCUACCAAUUUUGAAAACCCCUCAAACUUAUAUCUUUGUUAUUAAUCAGUUGAUUGGUGGAAGUAGUAGCGCAAAAAUUAGGAGCAAGAGGUAAAAAAUGCCAAAGGUAAAGACGAAUCGAGUCAACUACCCAGAAGGUUGGGAACUAAUCGAGCCUACUCUUCGCGAACUGCAAGCAAAGAUGAGAGAAGCUGAGAAUGACACUCAUGAUGGUAAGAGAAAAUGUGAAACCUUGUGGCCUAUUUUCAAAAUAGCACAUCAAAAGAGCCGCUACAUUUUUGACCUUUACCAUCGGAGAAAAGAAAUUUCCAAGGAAUUGUAUGAGUUCUGCCUGGACCAAGGUUAUGCUGACCGCAAUCUAAUUGCAAAGUGGAAGAAGCCUGGUUAUGAACGCCUCUGCUGUUUGAGGUGCAUGCAGCCUCGGGAUCACAACUUUGCCACCACAUGCGUCUGCCGAGUGCCCAAGCAUCUGAGGGAGGAGAAGGUUAUAGAGUGUGUGCAUUGUGGCUGCAGGGGCUGUGCCAGUGGAGAUUGAUUGCUGGUCUCUUCAAAUUUUCCUAGAUUAUCCUUUGUACGAUGUAUGCCUUUAACUGACCUUGAACCUUCUCAAGCUGGGACUUGUUCUCAAGCUGGGACUUGUUUUAGUAUGUCUUCUCUUGCAAGAUCAAAUUGCUGUGAUGUUUAACUAACUGCAACUUGAAAGCUAAAACAAGGCAUGCCUUGCGACUUGCAUUAUUUGAUUUG